UGCCGAUGACGUCAUUUCCCCGCGCCAAGCCUGCUAAAAUGGCUUCGGCACAGAAAGGGAAGAAGGUGGUAAAUCAAGAUGAACUGCGGCGUUUAAUGAGAGAAAAGAAAUCAUCGACCGAUCGACAGAAACGCGUUGAAUCACCGUACGCCAAAUACAACAGUCUGGGUCAUCUGAGCUGUGUAGUGUGUAAUACACCGAUCAAAUCUGCACUUCUCUGGCAGACACAUGUACUGGGAAAACAACACAAAGAUAAAGUCUCUGAACUUAAGAACAGAGACACAACAAAAACAACAACAACAUCAUCAUCAUCGGCGGCUCUGAAGAGGAAAGCCCCAGAGCACGAGCCAAAGUCAGGAAAACAAAACAAACAUGAGGCGACUGGAGGUACAGCAGCAGGACUCAAGGUGAGCACAUCUGUGUCUUCACAUCAGUCUGUAGGACUGGGACUUCUGGCUGGCAACUAUGAUGAAGAUGAUGAAGAGGAUGCAGACAUGGACACUAGCAGUAAUGGUCCAGCUAAAGAUACUGCUGCAGCUCCAAAUCUUCCCGCAGAUUUCUUUGACAGCGGCGUCCCAGCUGUGUCGAGCGUUUCCCACUCGGGCUCUGUAUCCAAAGCGUCUGAUGAUGAAGAGACGACCGCGGCGGUGAAGAAAGACAACUCGGCCGAGGCUUUACCAGAGGGCUUCUUUGAUGACCCGGUGAGAGAUGCCAAAGUCCGCAAUGUAGACACGCCUAAAGAUCAGAUGGACAGAGAGUGGGAGGAGUUUCAGAAAGAGAUGCGGCAGGUGAACACCGCCUCCGACGCCAUCGUUGCUGAAGAUGAUGAGGAGGGACGUUUGGAGCGACAGAUCGAUGAGAUCGAUGAACAGAUUGAAUGUUUUCGACGUGUGGAGGUUUUACGGGCUAAACAGGAGGUCGUGAAGGGAAGAUUGAUGAAAGCCAAACAACAGAGAAAGGACACUCAUUCAUCCAGCAGCGAUGAGGAAGAUGAGGAAGGACUCAUGCACGUCUUGACACAGGACUGGAGGGCAAAAGGGGCUCUUGCUUAACAUUUCAUUUUCUGUCUUUCUGCAGAUGCUUUCGUUUCAGGACAUUUCUCUGUUGUAUAUCAAUCUCUCUUUCACAACAGUUGUUUGUAUUUUUGGUUCUAGCGACACACAGUACUGUGAACUUUCUUUGAUGAGCUCAAACAUAUUUAGCUGAGAGUUUAUUUCAUUCUCCUGUUCGAUAACAUCUCUGGUGUUAAUGUGAUGGAGCUCAAAUUAAUUGCUCAAUAUAUUUUUGCUUAAUCUCAUCUUCUAAAUAAAUCUAAUGCAUAUAUCCUGCCAUGUAUCCUUCAUUGGCAAUAUUUCUGUAAAGAACACAGUUAGUUGAUUAAACGUGGAGUUCAUUAUGAGACAAAAACAUCAUAUGAAAAACAAUGUUGUUAGCAUUAAAUCAGCUCCAUCAGCAAUUGCAUUUAUCACAUAUGUACAUCCACACAGUCUCUCUGGACAGGCUCCAACUGGCUUUUUCUCAAACAUUAUAUUUGAUUUUGUGUUUCUGUAAGUAAAUUCUGGAUUAUAGUUUAACACAUUUGUGACCCAGUCUGUGAAAUCCAGAAUAAAGUCUCAUGAUGAGAUUAAGAGCAUCAGUUUAA